AUUCGCGUCGCGGCCGCAGACUGAAAAUCUUUCUGGACCAUUCUUUCCUUCCCUUUGCCGUCCUCUGCGGCUCCUCCCUGUUCUCUGGCCUUCUUCAUCCUGUCCUUUUUUUUGGCUUGCGAUCAUCAUGUCCAGUUUAGUCGCGCCAUCUUGGCUGAAUCAGGGUGACAACGCUUGGCAGCUAACCGCUGCCUCGCUGGUCGGUCUCCAAAGUAUUCCCGGCCUCGUUAUCAUCUACGCUGGUCUUGUGAAGACGAAAUGGGCUGUCAAUUCGGCAUUUAUGUGCUUCUACGCCUUUGCCAUGACGCUAGUCGUCUGGGUUGUUUGGGCAUAUCGCAUGGGUUUCUCUGAACAUUUGAUUCCUGGCCUGGUUGGCAGACCCGGACCUAUCUUGUCAUCUCAAACCGAACUGUCCGCUACCAUCAUUCCCGAAGCCAACAUCACGGCCGCGUUCCCAAAGUCCACAAUGAUAUACUUCCAGUUCGUCUUCGCUGCGAUCACCGUCAUCCUGAUGGCAGGCGCGUUCCUCUGCCGUAUGAACUUUACUGCCUGGAUGAUUUUCGUACCCCUUUGGAUCACCUUUGCCUACACGCCAGGUGCUUUCUCGCUCUGGGGAGGUGGCUGGGCUUUCCAACGCGGCGUUAUCGACUACUCUGGUGGCUACGUCAUUCACGUCUCCAGCGGUACAGCCGGUUUCAUCGGCGCCUGGUGGAUUGGUCCUCGGCUUAAGCAGGACCGGGAAAAUUUCAAGCCGCACAACAUCUUGCUCGCUCUCGUGGGUUGUGGCAUCCUCUGGAUCGGAUGGAACGGCUUCAAUGGAGGUGAUCCAUACACUGCAUCACCUGACGCUGGCGCUGCUGUACUCAACACGAACAUUGCAACUGCUGUCUCGCUGCUUGUUUGGACCUUCUUGGACAUCAUAUUUUUCAAGAAGCCCGCGGUCAUCGGCGCAAUCCAGGGCAUGAUCACGGGUCUCGUGGCCAUCACUCCUGCUGCCGGUGUUGUUGCCGGUUGGGGUGCGAUCGUUAUCGGUGUGUGCUCCGGCUCCAUCCCAUGGAUCACGAUGAAUAUUCUCGGCCCCCGUCUUGCCUUCUUCAAGGCCGUCGAUGACACCCUCGGCGUCUUCCACACUCACUUGGUUGCUGGCACAGUUGGUGGCUUCUUGGUUGGCAUAUUCGCCACGGCGGAAGGCUGUGCCGCUUUUGCUCUCACGACACCAGGUGGCGCUGUCGCCGGUAACCCCAAGCAAAUUGGCUGGCAGCUAGCAGGCGCUUGCUUCAUCAUCGGCUGGAAUGUUGUGUGGACAAGCUUGAUCAUGGCGUUCAUCAAGUACGUGUGUCGCGUCCCACUGAGGAUGAGUGAUGCGGAUUGCAUGAUUGGCGACGACCUCAUCCACGGUGAAUCAGCCUACACCUUCGGCGACGCGGUUGACAUCAGCACCCUUCACGGCAUCAGGACAGAUGAGGAGCACGCGCCGGAAGCAACAAGCUCAAGCACUCCUGAGCUUGCGGACUCAAGCAAGCCUGUGAAACAAGCUUGAUUAUUAGAAGACAUACGAUGCAAGAAUAGAAAUGGUGUGCAAGUGUGAAUAAAUUGUAAUAGCUUAAUUGACG